UCCCUCCCUCCCCAGGACCUGGAAGCGGCCCCCACACUGGUCCCCGAACCUCCUCGAUGAGAUGGGGUGACCUUUAGUGGGGGGGUCUUUCCCACCCUCCGCAGCUGUUUGUUGAUUCUUCCCCAACCCUCGGGGAUCACCUCGGUGGAUCAUUGCCGUCUGGGACUUGAUUCUCUGGGUUCUCCUUAGCCCGGACAUGGAUCCCGUCCCAUUGCGAUCCCCAGGGAUCCGCUCCCUGCAUUGCCGCAGGAUCCAGCUGGCCGGGGGUGAUCCUAGACAGCGCCAACCCCAGAUUUGGGGUACACCACACCCAAAGGGUCCCAUCUCCACCCACACGUGGAGGAACCACCUCCUCGUGGCUCCCGGUGGGAUGUGGGGCAGCGGGAUGAGCAUCGAGCUCCGUCAGUGGGUGCCGGAUGUGGAGAGGAGUUGGAGGGCGGCGGGAGGAGUGGGUGCCCCCAAACCCCGCUGUUCCCAGGUCACCCCGGCAUUCCACUGCUGCGGGAUGAAAGCGGCGCUUAGGGCUCCCCUUUAAUGCGUUCACCUAGAUGUCCAAGGGAUCAGCUGCUUCCCAGCCCCCUUCCCGCGGGCUCUGUGUCCCCAGGACGGCGGUGCUGGAGAAUGGCGGGUGGCUGCAGGGUGAGGCAGGCUGGCGGGUCGCGCUGGCUGAUGCAAUCCCGCGGCGCCGGUGCGUGGAGCCCGUGCUGUGCCGUGCUGUGUCCUGUUGGUGUUCCCUGGCUCUGGAUCCCCUAGGGACUGAUCCCUCCCGCUGAUUAGAGUGGCGAGUUCUCAGCGGAGGUGUCCCUAGUUCGAGCUUCCCCGGGGUCCUGGGCUCUGCCCUUCCCAGCCCUGGGAUCAUGAAGGGCAGGUUUCGUGCCGACAACCUGAACAAGCUGAAGAACCUGUGCAGCAAAACCAUUGGGGACAAGAUGAAGAAAAAGGAGCCAGUAGGGACGGAUGAAUCUGUACCAGAGAGUGCACAGAACCUGGAUGAACUCACGGCUGAUAUCCUGGGGUGUCUCCAGGUAUCCCAGAUAAAGAAAGUUCGGCUGCUCAUUGAUGAGGCCAUCCUGGAGUGCGACUCUGAGCGUCUGCGGCUGGAGGCUGAACGCUUUGAGAGCCUCCGGGAGAUUGGGAACCUCCUCCACCCCUCUGUGCCCAUUAGCAACGAUGAGGAUGUGGACAACAAGGUGGAGCGGGUGUGGGGUGACUGCAGCUGCAGGAAGAAGUAUUCUCAUGUGGAUCUGGUGGUGAUGGUGGAUGGCUAUGAGGGGGAAAAGGGCGCCGUGGUGGCUGGCAGCCGUGGCUACUUCCUUAAGGGCCCGCUGGUGUUCCUGGAGCAGGCGCUGAUCCAGUACGCGCUGCAGAGCCUCCGUGCCCGGGGGUACACCCCGGUGUACACCCCCUUCUUCAUGCGCAAGGAGGUGAUGCAGGAGGUGGCCCAGCUCAGCCAGUUUGAUGAGGAGCUUUACAAGGUGAUUGGGAAGGGCAGCGAGCGAGCGGAGGACAGUUCCAUCGAUGAGAAGUACCUGAUUGCCACGUCAGAGCAGCCUAUUGCCGCCCUGCACCGCGACGAGUGGCUGCGGCCUGAGGACCUGCCCCUCAAGUACGCAGGGCUCAGCACCUGCUUCCGCCAGGAAGUGGGAUCCCAUGGCCGGGACACUCGCGGCAUCUUCCGUGUCCACCAGUUUGAGAAGAUUGAGCAGUUUGUCUACUCCUCCCCCCAUGACAACAAAUCCUGGGAAAUAUUUGAGGAGAUGAUGGCCACAGCUGAGGAAUUCUACCAGUCCCUCGGGAUUCCCUACCACAUCGUCAACAUUGUCUCGGGCUCCCUGAACCAUGCAGCCAGCAAAAAACUGGAUCUGGAGGCUUGGUUCCCUGGCUCUGGCGCCUUCCGCGAGCUUGUCUCCUGUUCCAAUUGCACUGACUACCAGGCCCGGCGCCUGCGCAUCCGCUAUGGCCAGACCAAGAAGAUGAUGGACAAGGUAGAGUUUGUGCACAUGCUGAAUGCCACCAUGUGUGCUACCACCCGCACCAUCUGCGCCAUCCUGGAGAACCACCAGACUCCUGAGGGCAUCCGUAUCCCUGAGAAGCUCCAAAACUUCAUGCCUCCAGACCUGCGGGAGCUGAUUCCAUUUGUCAAGCCGGCACCCAUUGAGCAGGAACUCUCUAAGAAGCAGAAGAAGCAGCAGGAAGGAGGGGGCAAGAAGAAGGCAGCGGGGGGACGUGACCAGGUGCUGGAGGAGCAGAUGAAGAACAUGGAGGUCUGAGGGUGUCCCCCUGCACCCCAAGGACUUUGAGGGCCUCCCAAGUCAUCUCACCUCUAUUGCCGGGCUGUGCCCUUCAUCAUCGUCUUUGCCUCAGAGGGGAGUCACCAUCUGUCCUCCCUGUUCCACAAAGAACUGCCACUCUCAGGGCGCUGCCCCUCUCCCUGUGUGUCCACCUUACCCUGCUGAGUUGGGCCGGGAUCCCUCAAGUGUCCCCCUCAUGCUGAGUGGUGCUGUGGACCCGCGUGCCCAUGUAACAUGUCCCUCCUCCAUCCAAAAUAAAGGCAAGAGCUGCUGA